AUGAAAAAUUCUUCAAUAAUAACAUGUUUAGAAUUCGGGGAAUUUUCCACUAUUAUCAGAAACGACUUGCUCGGAUUUUCAAAGAAUGUGCCUAUCAAAAAAAUUUCAAAGAGAUUUGGAAUAGAUCCGAUGGAUUUACAAUAAGCUAUGGAUGCACUUGCUUAUUUGAUGCUUCAUAUUGCUAAAGUCAAGGCAAAUCAGGAAGAAUUCGAAAUUAUUUAUGAUCAAUCAGGUUUAAAGCCUUAAUUUAAGAAAUCAUUCUUUGAUGCUGUUUUUCCUCAUAUCAAUGAAAUAAGAGAUAUCUUAUUAGAGGAAAACUCAAGAGACAUUAAAAGAUUCAAAGAUCUUGACUGGAAAAUGAGCUUAGUAACUUCUUGUAGAGCUAGAUAGAAAGUUAUGGUUCCCAAAUACACUGUCAAAUUAGAUAUAGCUGAAGGCACGUAAAAUGAUAUCACAGACAACGAUAAAACUGAGAGCUUUUUAAUGGAUGUAGACUACACAAACUUAAAAAGGAUUCAGACUGAGUUAGAAGAUGCUCUAAAAAGUAUCGAUGCAACUUAUUCUAGAAAAGUCUUCAAGUUCCUAAAGUGA